AAGCAAUUACCAAAUUAUUUCAAAAGUUAAUUCCAACAUUUCCUUAACCAUUUCAGAAGCUUUCAGUUAAUACCAGAAAGAAUUGCUGUAUACCUAUACAUAUAUUGAAGAUUGCAUCGUAAUUGUGUGCCAAAAUUGAUAUUUUUAGGCUUCUAUGACAAACGAAUCACAGCCAGACCAAGAAACUCUUGAAAUAAAUUCAUCUCAACAUGCUUCUGCCGAUAGAAAUGUUCUUUCUGCGGCUUUUCACCCGCCAGAGGAUGAUGAUGUUGAAACCGAUGAAAGAGCUCCUUUAUACCAAAAUACACGGCAGUCUAUGGAUACGGAACCAGAUACCAUUGAUUCAGUGAACCAUCCGUCAGCUGAAAAUGCACCUUCAGCUGAUCAAUCCCGCCAUUCACCACAAGCUGCUUCAAGCUCAACAUCUCGUCAACCCAGAACCCACUAUGUAGACAGUGUCUUUUCCAACCUUUCUGCAAAACCAAGUGCACAACCUGAGAAAGAGAAUGAAGAACCUCCUACAUAUGAAGAAGUUGCAGCUGAUAUCGCGCCUCCGUAUUGGGAUACCACAAUGAUAAUUCCCAACUUUGGUACUAACGAAAUUUACAUUGAUGGAAUGACGGUCGGUUCACCAAUUGCUUUUUUUUGGAGUGCUCUAGUAUCUUUUUUGUUUCCCUUCGUGGGCUUUCUCGUCACUUACGUUUUGUCUGCAACCCAUUCGGGUCGCUAUGGAUCGCAGGUUGGUUUGAGCAUGACCCUCUUACAACGAGGAUAUAAUAUGGUUGUUGAAAGUGGAAUGCUUCAAAAUGAUGAUAACGAUAAUUCCUAUGAUUUUGAUGAAUUACCGCACCAAAAAUUUAUAGGUUGUAUUCUUUUAAUCACAGGUUGGUGUUUAUUUUUAAUUGAUACUAUUAAUUUUAUUCGAGUCCGCCGGACGAAGAAUGCUAUUCAACAAACAAAUCCAGAGAAUCUGGCUGCUGAAGCCAUUGUUUAAUGUUUACCGCAUUUAUUCGCAAAUCCUUUACGCAUUUAUCGUUUUGCAUCAUCUUUUUUUUUUUCUUCCUAUUCCAUCCUAUAUCCUAUUUAACUUUAAAUUGUUUCUCUGUUCUUGAGGCCAUUUUCAAUGGUCUUUUAUUUACGACUUUACCAAUGCCAAUAUUUGAAAUGGGUAACUAUAGAAUUGUUUAAUUUGUUAUGUAC